AUGGCCAAUGAAGCCCAGAUCAAAGGCUCCCUGGGCAUAUCCAUAUCGUACGGAGCCAAGAAUCAAUCAUACGAGAUCAUUGCCGGCUCUGGGCCCAACGCAGCGACGCCCCAAGAACGACGAGCCCCUCGAAGAGAGACCACCGGUCUGUUUGGACGCAGGUGCAGAGUGAGGGUGCUACGCGAGCGAUGUGACUCGGACAGUUCCUCGGGGGGGAGGAUUGGCCGAACUCACGCCAGCGACAUAUACCACGUUGUAGAAGAGAUACAGGGCCUCCAGCAGCUUAGCGUCCUCAACGACGGCACCUGCGAGGAAACCCGAGCCAGUCAUUCCCAGCGCUGGGGUAGUUCUCUUGAGAUUGUUCUGGCCACUGCUCAAUCUGAGAAGCUCCCAUCGGCGCGGGAUAUCAGCUCCAACGAAGCCCGAAGAUACCUCCCUGUUGGCAAGGUGCGUAUCGAGGACGACAUCCUGGCCAUUGGCACUCGAAGUGAGAAUCUGACCACGGCGCCGAAAGGCGAGGAGAGGAAAUGCUGGAGAUCAUCCGUUGCGGGAUCGACAAUUAGCCGGGGCCGUCAUGACGAAGUUUCUUGGCGGUCACAGCUGCUCGUUUCACAAUUCCCGCAGCAUCAUCACAUAGCCAGUCUAGGCCCUAACAUGGGUGGAGCGUUGUGUUAUCCGAGUUGCACAACACCAUGA